AUGGCUUCAUCCCCACCACUGAUGGAAAUCCACCACCACGAUGAUACUACCAUGAUGGCAGAGCAUGUAGGGCUGGAAGAGGCCCUCACAGCCCGCCUGAUACCUUACCCAGCUGAUGUUGUGGCGCUACUGAUUGUACAAGUUCACCACGGUUACUUUGCUCAGAAAGCCGAUGCAGCUUUUCCACGUAUUGUUCCAGACAGACUGCAGUUCUUUCUAUAUGAGAAAGUGUCUGUACAUUGUGAUGAGAAUGAUGGCUUCACUGAAUGGAGGCUGAAGAUGAACCUCAACAAAAUCCACCCAGCAAACUCUGGCUGCCACUUAUCAGCUCCAUCCUGCACCAUGUAUCCUAUCCUUCAGUCACACAGUGGAGAAUACUGGUGUGAAGAUGAAGAGGGUGGAAAAAGUCACGCUGUCAAUAUCUCUGUCACUGCUGGUUCUGUGAUCCUGGAGAGUCCUGCCCAUCCUGUGUUGGAGGGAGAAGAUGUGACUCUUUAUUGUAAAAACAAGAGAACUCAGUCAAAACACAUAGCGGAUUUCUACAAAGAUGGAUCCAGUCUCGGCACCCGGUAUACGGGCAACCUGAGCAUCCAAAAUGUUUCCAAGUCUGAUGAAGGACUCUACAAAUGCAGCAUCUCUGGAGCUGGAGAAUCACCAGAGAGUUGGCUGAAAAUUUCAAAACAAACACCUUAUGAAAAGACCACCGACAGUCCCCACAGUGUCUCUCCUCACCUCCUCACCCUGCGGUGGAUAGUUGUCGGUGCUUUAUUGGUGGCUCUGCUGCUGUGGGUGAUGGGACUACACUGUAGGAAACACAGAGUCAAAUGA